UUGCGGCUACCUUGACGCAGCCUGAGCCCCCAGCCCCCUCUGUGUCUCUGUCCCAGUGUUGCCAUUCCAACGCACAUCCCUCGCGGGGGAGCAACAGCUACACGGAGUUGGUCGAAGUGGACUACACAGGUUUCUCUGCGGACGGGGCCGACUUCAGACUUCUACCCUCUGCUCGGGGAGGGCAGCAGCCGAGAGAUGCUCCUCUGGACAGGGGUUCAGCUUCGGUAAAGUCAGACCAAGAGAAUGAGGCUGAGAAAAGGUGCAGUGUAGCGCUCCCUUACCGUCGCAUUCACAACUCCGGAGGAAUAACGGGACCUGAUUGAAUCCAAAAUAGAGACGGGCUUGUUGUUUCCCCUUGUUGUUUUGGGGGGAUUCUGGUAGAAUGGGGCGGUGAGAGCCCACAUCACAGCUGAAGACAUGAGAAUUAAAAGAGGAACAAAAAGCUCUGCUGCGGUGCUCCGUGUCUGAGUCUCCAUCCAUCCGAAGGUCCAGUCUACACACCUUCCUUCAUGUUGCAAAAGCCUGUUUUAUGACAAUGGAUUACUUGCUGUGGGUUUGCAGCCUCGUUGUCCCCGUGGUGCUGGCUGUCGAAGAAACCCUCAUGGACAGUCGGUGGGCAACCACAGAGCUGGCUUGGACCACAUUCCCAGAGAGUGGGUGGGAGGAGGUCAGUGGCUAUGAUGACUCCAUGAGCCCAAUCAGAACCUACCAGGUGUGUAACGUCCGACAGCCUAACCAGAACAACUGGCUGAGGACGGAUUUUAUCCCCCGUAAGGGCGUGCUGCGUGUCUACGUAGAGCUCAAGUUCUCCGUCCGUGACUGCGCUAGCAUCCCCAACAUCCCCGGCUCCUGCAAAGAGACCUUUAAUCUGUUUUAUUAUGAGUCAGAGGGGGACACAGCUACAGACACCAGCCCUCUGUGGAGGGAGAACCCCUAUGUGAAGGUGGAUACUAUCGCCCCAGAUGAGAGUUUCUCUCUGCUGGUGGCGGGCAGGAUCAACACCAAAGUGCGCAGCUUUGGCCCCCUCUCCAGGGCAGGCUUCUACCUGGCAUUCCAGGACCUCGGCGCCUGCAUGUCCCUCAUCUCAGUCAGGGUUUUCUUCAAGAAGUGCUCCACCACCAUAGCCAAUUUUGCUGUCUUCCCAGAGACUGCUACAGGUGCCGAAGCCACUUCCUUGGUGAUUGCUCCAGGGGCCUGUGUGACCAAUGCUAUGGAGGUAUCUGUCCCUCUAAAGCUGUAUUGCAACGGGGAUGGCGAGUGGAUGGUUCCCGUGGGCUCAUGCACCUGCGUCGCUGGCUUUGAACCUUCUGCCGACGGCACUCAGUGCCAGGCCUGCAUCCCUGGAACUUUCAAAUCCAAAUUUGGGGAGGGAUCUUGUGCUUUGUGCCCAUCCAACAGUCGCACAAGUGCACGAGGAGCCAAUAUUUGCCCCUGCCAGAAUGGUUUCUACCGAGCUGACAGCGACCCCCCUGACUCAGCCUGCACCACCAUUCCCUCAGCACCUCGCAACGUUAUAUCCAGCGUGAACGAGACCUCUCUGUCCUUGGAGUGGGAGGAGCCUGAUGACACAGGCGGCAGAAGCGACCUGGUCUAUAAUGUGGUGUGUAAGAAAUGCCUGCGAGACCGAAGCCCCUGCACACGCUGCGAUAACAACGUGGACAUCGCUCCUCGCAGGCUGGGGCUGAGGCAGAGGAAGGUGGUGGUGAGGAACCUGCAAGCCCACACCCGCUACAGUUUUGAGGUGCAGGCUGUCAAUGGGGUUUCUGGGAAAAGCCCCGCCUCACCCAGCUACUCCACGGUCAACAUUACCACCAACCAAGCCGCACCUUCGGCAGUGCCCACCGUUCAUCUGAUGCGCUCCACCGCAGACACUCUCAGCCUGUCGUGGCUGCCCCCUGAGAAACCCAAUGGGGUCAUCCUUGACUAUGAGAUUAAAUACCAUGAGAGGGGCCAGGUGAUGUCACACACUGUAACAUCCCAGCACAGCUCAGCCAAGGUAGAGGGGCUGCGCGCCGCCACACCCUAUGUGGUGCAGGUCAGAGCUCGUACUGUCGCCGGAUAUGGCCGAUACAGCAACCCCAUGGACUUCAGCACCAGCCUCCACAGCGACCCUCAGAAGUCGGUGCAGGACCAGCUGCCUCUCAUCAUCGGCUCGGCCUCCGCAGGUCUGGUGGUCAUUGUUGCCUUGGUGGUUAUCACUGUUGUCUGCCUUAAGAAGCAGCGCAGGGGCUCAGAGCUGGAGUACACUGAGAAGCUGCAGCAAUACAUUUCUCCAGGGGUCAAAGUGUACAUCGACCCGUUCACCUACGAGGACCCCAAUGAUGCCGUCCACGAGUUUGCCAAAGAGAUAGACAUCUCCUGUGUGAAAAUAGAAGAAGUCAUUGGCGCAGGUGAAUUUGGUGAGGUGUGCCGUGGACGUCUCAAGCAGCCUGGUCGCAGGGAGAUGGUUGUGGCGAUUAAGACGCUGAAAGCUGGCUACACUGAACGCCAGAGGCGGGACUUCCUUGCUGAGGCCUCGAUCAUGGGCCAGUUUGACCAUCCCAACGUGAUCCGGCUGGAAGGCGUCUUGACGCGAAGCUGCCCUGUCCUCAUCAUCACCGAAUUUAUGGAGAACGGAGCUCUUGAUUCCUUCCUCAGGCUGAAUGACGGACGCUUCACCAUGACACAGCUGGUUGGAAUGCUGCGUGGCAUUGCUGCCGGGAUGAAGUACCUGUCAGACAUGAACUACGUUCACCGAGACCUCGCUGCUCGGAAUAUCCUGGUCAAUAGCAACUUGGUCUGCAAGGUGUCCGACUUUGGCCUGUCACGCUUCCUGGACGACACUUCUGCUGACCCCACUUACACAAGCUCUCUGGGAGGGAAGAUUCCCAUCCGGUGGACGGCGCCAGAGGCCAUUGCCUUUAGGAAGUUCACCUCUGCCAGUGACGUGUGGAGUUACGGCAUCGUCAUGUGGGAGGUGGUGUCCUACGGUGAGAGGCCAUACUGGGACAUGAGCAACCAGGAUGUGAUGACGGCAGUAGAGCAGGAUUACCGGCUGCCCCCCCCCAUGGACUGCCCCAUGGUGCUGCAUCAGCUGAUGCUCGAGUGCUGGAUGAAGGAGAGGAACCUGAGGCCCAAGUUCUCCCGCAUCGUCAGCACCCUGGACAAGCUGCUCCGCAACGCCGCUAGCCUCAAGGUAGUGACCAGCACCUACUCAGGGGACCUGUUGCGGCUCGGAGGAACGCUGCCGGGACACAACAGAAAGAGUCCGGAGAGCAGUCAGGAAAUCGUUCGCCAACAGAUGAGCCAAACGCUCCCCAUCAGAGUGUGAGCCGCUGCAAACCGGAGGAUACGGAACGAAUAAAAACUACCUAGAAACUCUGACACAAAGAGCCUGAUGUAAAAUAAAGAAGAAGAGAAUAAACUAAGGAAGUUCCAGCUCCACACAGAAAGAGGGCCGGUUCCAGAUGUCUUUCCCAGAGGAGAUGUAAUGUUUGUUUAAAGAGAACUUCCCAUUGCAGUGUGUAUGUUCAUUACUUGACACUUGUGGAUUUGUGACUAUUGACAUAAAGCCAAACUUCCUAUUGAGCCCUCUCAGGUUGUGUUUGCAUGUCUGCAUGUGUUUUCUGCUGGUUGGGAAUCAGUCUUUACUUCUCCUCACCCUCUCGCUGAGGACGAGAGAGAGCUCACACAGAUGAUAGGAUUCAGCGUCUAGAUGAUACAACAGUGCCAAGAUAAAGCAAAUGUUUGCUUAUAACGAACUCUAAGCCAGAGUGACAUCUGUAGACCUUCAAUCCAAUCGGUCUUUGUUUUGUAACCCAACCCUGUUCUUUUAUUUUGCAUUUUUUAAAACAAGAAAAAGAAAACACUUCAUUCGCUUCCUCUUAAAUACUGUCUUCCACAUGUACUGGGAGACAUACGUGUUACAGAUCUGUACAAAGCAUCCGAGUCUUCACACUGUCUCUCUGUUGGAGGAGAGAUGUAACUGACACUGUGCAGGACACGUCGUGUGCAUGCCAAAGUGGAAACUUCUCCAUCAGAAAAGUACAAAUAAGUUCCACAUUAGCUGUUGCGUAGGUGGCAUUUUGCUGUACGGACUUUAACGUCCAGGUUUUCUUAAUCUUAUUUGACUCAUAUACACAUUGUUUUGAAUGCUAAGUUAUCUAUUACUGCAACAAAAUGUUGUUUUUUUUUUUUUUACGAGUCAUGGGACUUGACUUUUUUUAUUACAAUGCUUGUUUUUUCACACAUUAACAAACCAGAGAUACAUGAAUGAGUAAAACAGAAGCCUAUGUCCUGCUCAGACAUAAUGAUUACCUUUAAAAACACUGAGGAUACUUUGUUAAAUUGCUGUUAGGCUCAUUUUAUUUAUUUAUUUGUUUUUU